GCGUGGGUGUCAGCUGAGUCCCCACCCCGUCCCCCGCCCCUGGGUAACCCGAGCCGGCGGCGCGCGGUCCACGUCACUCGCCCACCGAGGACACGGGCGGCCCCCGUCACCUGCCGGGAGCCGGAGAGCACCAGUCGCCCGCAGACCGCCCGCGCCGCCGGAAGCACGCUCCGCCACUUACUGCAGCGCGCAGAUGAGUAUGGACACCACAGCAGUAUGCCUCAUAGCUUGUCUUCUCUUUGCACGAGUGUCUAGUCAUGGGAACCAUCUCUUCGGAUACACAAAAGAAGAGCAGGAGCUGUGGAGCGAACACAGCGGCGCGUGCGCCGGGAGGUACCAGUCUCCGAUCCGCAUCAUCAGCCACCGGGCGCAGCGGCUGCCCAUCCCAGCGCUGGAGAUGGUCGGCUUCCACAACCUGCUGCCCGGGCCUGUCGUCGCCACCAACACCGGGCACUCGGUGUCCCUGCGACCGGCGGUGACAGGGGAGUCGUGGCCGAAGGUGUUCGGUGCUCUGCUGCUCCACGAGUACCAGCUGGAGAGCUUCCACUUCCACUGGGGCCACCGCUUCUCCAGGGGCAGCGAGCACGUCCUCAACAGCAUCAGGUUUCCGAUGGAGAUGCACAUCGUCCACCGUAACAUGAAGUACUCGUCGCUGAAUGAAGCCAUGCAGAAGCCAGAUGGGCUCGCCGUACUCGCUUUCUUCUUCCAGGCCCAGGAGAAGAACAACCACGCGCUGCGGCCCAUCCUGGAGGUGCUGGAGCGCGUCAAGUUCCCCGGCGACAGCUCGCCGCUGCACAUCAGCUUCUCACUGUCAUCGCUGUUGACCGCCGACAUGGACGCCUUCUACACGUACCGCGGCUCUCUCACCACGCCACCCUGCUCCGAGUCCGUCACGUGGGUCAUCUUCCCGGAUGCGUUGCCCAUCUCCUUCAGCCAGAUCAAGAAGUUCCGACGUAUCUAUUCUUCAGGUGAAGAUCGUAUGGUAAACAAUUUCCGUGUUUUGCAACCUCUCAACAGUCGGAAUGUCUUUGUUCGCAAACUGUGGAAGAUUGAGAGCUACAACCUUACUAGCCAUGAUUCGGUGUCAUGGCUCAGUUAAGCUUGUGCCGAAAAAGUUCCACGUUCCUACAGCACUCAACUAUCAACAGACUAGCAAGAAAGUGCACUGCUGUAACAGUGAACAAGCCUUCAGUUACUGUCAUACUGAGGCAGCUCACAACUUGUUCUAUUUAGUUUCUUGGAUAAGAAUGUAAUUCAUACAGCACUGUGUGGAAGCAAUUUCUAUUUGUAAUACAAUGCUGUAUGUGUUUCUUUUAAACAACAGGUCAAGUGGAUCAGAAACUGCUGCCUGCAAACUUCUGCCUAUUUCACAAGGCUGAUGCUCUUUAACGUACAUGUGAAAAGUUCUGUAUAGUUUUGUAAAUAUCUUAAGAAUUUUGUUAUCUAUGUUGUGUAUUAUACACACUUAGCUGACAUUUAUUCAUAUUGAAAGAGACAUUUCAA